AUGUUGGGUAGGGCCUGUAGUAAGAUAGCACCGCAAUUGUUAAAAGGCUUCCUGGUUCCGGCACACAGUGCUGCAUGUGCGGUACAGGUGGCAGGUGUUCAUCAUCACAAAGAAGCCGGUGAUUCGGCCCGAUAUCAGGGAAUGGCACGUUCGAACAGGGCCAAAGCAAAUCGAAAUACUCAUGUGAAUGAGAAAAUGUUUAGACGGAUGCGCGGGCGAAAAACUGUUAUAAUGGAUCUUCCUAUGGAUUCUGCAAGAGAAAAAGAAGACGCAAUGUCGCCAAAGGAAAUGAGGAUCGAAUUAUUAAAGCGAGGCACGAACCCUUAUAAAGAAGCAGCGCCACGAGUUUGGAACGAAUCGCAAAUCACAUUCCAAUCAAUUUACGGAAUUGCGGAUCCGUACGUGCCUCCAGAAAAUCCCGCAUCUUUCACCGAUGUUCAAAAUAAAUUUGACGAAGUGAAACAAAGAAUGCAGCAUAAAUUUUACAACUGGAGAAUGGGAACGAAUCGGAUAAAAAAGAAGCAAGGAUUCGAGAAAUUUGAUAUUAAAAGUUUCACGUCGAAGGCGGAAGACAUUUACGUUCAAGCACACAAAGCUUUGCAGAAUCGCGAUAAAAAUGCGAUGCACCGGUUUAUUACGGAAUAUGCAUUUGCGAAAAUGUGGCCCGAUGUUGAAAAUGGAUCGGUCCGUUUUGAGCUGGUUGAUGUGAUUGAGCCGAGCAAAGUUGUCGCCGUUCGAUGUUUUGACAAUCCACCAAAAAGUGGAAAUGAUAUCGCACAGAUUACGGUUAGAAUGCAUACUAAGCAGAAACUCGCAAUUUACGACAGAUUUGGACGAUUAAUUUUGGGAUCUGAGGAGGAGCCAAAAGAUGUCGUCGAAUAUGUUGUGUUUGAGAAUCAUAUUGCCGUUGUGGAUGGAGAAUGGAGAUUGCACGGAAAGAUUUAUCCGAGAUGGAUUGAACCAAAACAAGGAUCACAUUUGACACAUUUGCUGAAUGAAGGAGAAAUCAAAAAUAUUGAAUCAAAAGCACAAGCUCUACCAUUGAGGACAAAUGAGAAAAUCGAAGAAGAGAAGAAUAAAAAAGAAAACGAGGAUAAUGUAUAG